CCUGCGACACACAGCUCACCAGUUUGGGUACUGCUGAAAAAGAGGACAACAUGGCUUUGACAAACCCCAUGCCCAUGGGCCCUUGGAAGAUCACUGUGUACGAUCAGGAGUACUUCCAGGGCAGGCGUAUGGAGUUUACUGCCAGCUGCCAGAACAUCAUGGAGUGUGGGAUGGAGAACAUCCGCUCCCUGAAGGUGGAGUGUGGCGCCUGGGUGGGCUACGAGCACUCCAGCUUCUGCGGCCAACAGUUCGUCCUGGAGAAGGGAGACUACCCCCGCUUUGAGGCUUAUAGUGGCAGCAACUCCUACCGCAUUGAGAGAAUGAUCUCCUUCAGGCCCAUCUGCUGUGCUAACCACAAGGACUCCCGCAUGAUCAUCUUUGAGAUGGAGAACAUGAUGGGACGUCAGUUCGAGAUGUGUGAUGAUUACCCCUCCCUGCAGGCCAUGGGCUGGUUUAACAACGAAGUUGGAUCCAUGCAGAUUCAGAGUGGCGCCUUUGUGUGCUACCAGUACCCUGGCUACCGUGGCCACCAGUACAUCAUGGAGUGCGACUGUCGCGGAGGAGAGUACAAGUGUUACCGUGAAUUUGGCUCCCACGCCCAGACUCCUCAGAUUCAGUCCAUCAGGAGGAUCCAGCACUAA